GAUCGGACAGAAAGAAAGAGACAAGAACCACAUGGAAGGAAAAACACUUGAGGAAGUCAAGGUUGCAGAGAAGAUCCCGAGGAGGCAGGGGACGGUGGGAAGGGGAGGGCACCAGAGGAGCCUGGGGGUCAAAGAGGUGAAGAUGGUUGAGUACAAUGCACGGGGCCGGCAGGUCGAGGAGGUACUGCGCUGUGCAUUAUCUGCCUGAUCGGGUUUCUCCUUCCAUCCCUGGUGUUGCUGCUCUCCCCCCUCCCCAGUGAUGUCUCUGCCUGUGCUGCUCCCUGGCUCCUGCUGCCCCAGGACCGGACUGGCGUCCUCCAUGAGUAAUGCAGCAUCCAAUUCCUCUCCGGGAGGAGAUCCAUCUCAGCACCGGCCUCGCAGGACUCGCGGGGGUCUGCAGGGCCCCCCUCGGUGUGCAGCCUCCUUUGGACUGUGUCCCCCACCUCCGCCACCCUUGUCCUCCAGGCGGAGGGCCGGAUCCGGGAUCAUGAUGCCGGGAAGACCCUUGCUCUCCCUGGGUUUGCUGCAGCUCAUUCUGGGCUGCUGCACGGUGGCUCUUAGCUUUGGGGCGCUGUCACUCAGCAAGUCCCCCCAGGUGAGGAGCUCGUGUCCCUUCUGGGCUGGAUCGUCGGUAAUUCUAUCCGGAAUAAUUGGACUGACCACGUGGAAGAGACCUAUGGUUCUUCUAGUAAACCUGUUUGUUAUGUUGUCCGUGGUCUGUGUCCUGCUGAACCUGGCUGGAUUCAUCUUGGGAUGUCAAGGAGCUCAGUUUGUUUCCAGUGUUCCCAGCUGUCAGCUGGUAGAAAUGAAUGAAGGGAAAAUCUGCAUUUGCUGUGAAGAGUCACAAUCUAACAAGUGCACGGAGAAGGAGAAUGUUCUAAAGCUGUUCCCCGUCCAGUCCUGUAAUGCGGUUCAUCUCUUGCUGAAGAAAGUCUUCUUUGCAUUAUGCGCUCUGAAUGCUCUCACGACGACUGUGUGCCUGGUAGCCGCGGCCCUGCGCUACCUCCAACUGCUGACGGCAAGAAGGCCAUGCGCAGACGAGUCCCAGGUAUCAGCUGAGGAAGCGGAAGAGCAGGAUCGUGUACCAGACCCUGAAGAUUUUGUCCCACCUGCACCUCCACCUUCAUACUUCUCAACCUUUUACUCUUGUACACCGAGGAUUGGCCAGAGGGUGAUUGGCAAUGAAAUGAUUCCCUUACCACACAUUUAUGGAUCCAGGUUCAAAGGGAUUGAAGUGUUUUGUCCCAUGGAGCCACCUCCACCAUAUGAAGCUGUGGUUGGACAAAGCAAUUCCCUGGAGACACAGGGAACAACACUGCAAAUCACAGACUUGGUAGGAGCUGCCUCUAAUUCAGAUGAGCACAACAUGCCCGCCACUCCAGAAGCUUCCACUUCUUGUAGUAUUGAUAUAUUGGUUGAACCUGGCACCAGCGCGCAAACAGACGCUGCAACGGGAAGUGAGGCAAAUAAUUGUCCACAGCGGAAGAGGUCCCACAGUGAUCCCGUCAUUCAUGAUCUUCCUGCAAGGGGUGCAACGCCAAGCUGCGAAGUGGCCACACAGACUGAAAGGCCAGCACUGGCAACAGUCACCCUAAGACGAGCUUUGAGAGCAAAAGCUGCACGUUGUAGACCUCGAUCUCUAGUGGAUUACAAAUCUUAUAUUGACACUAAACUCCUGGUGGCACGGUUCCUGGAAGAGCCCUCCUGCAGUAUGACCCCUGAUAUACGGGAACUGGUAGAGAGCAUCAAGACUGUUCUAAAGUCUGAUGAGGAACACAUGGACGAAGCCAUUCUCAGUGCCAACUUCCUUGAUCAGGUAAUGAUACCAAACCAGCAGGUCACGCCUGCGGCUCAGAGACUUCCGUGCCGAAGAUAUCCUGGUCUCCUCCAUUUGGAAAGUUGCGGGGACGUAAGCACAUUUUGCACUGCAGAGGCUCCCAAAGAGGUGCACAGAAGCAGGAGAACAGCCGGUGGAAGACCUCAUAGUCUCAUAGGCGUUGUGCGUGAAACUGUAUUGUGAGACAUGCUGCAUUAAUGAGUCAAGGGACCUCCCAACGAACUGAUAUGAACAUACACGUUUAUGCAAUCUUGACAAAGCUACUUUUUUUUUUUUUUUUUACUUUUUUUUUUGUUUUGUUAUUGGAAGCAACCAAAGAUAAAAUAAUUGAAAAGGGAGCACCAAGAUGUAUGUGUGCAACUGAAUUUGCUUCCCUUUACCGUGGCUGGGAUAGCCACAAACCUAAAACGGUCAAGGAUUGCAUUUAAUAUUAUAGCCACCAGAUCAUUGUAUUCCUCUUCUUUAGAAGGACAUCUAAAGGAGUAUAGAUAAUUUAGAAGAACCUCAGGGUUUCGCAAUACUGUGAGAUCAGACAUCUUGCACUGUAAGUAUGAAGCUGCAGCCUUUUCACGGGCAUGAGAAUGAAAUGCUUGUGUUGGAGAUGCAGUGCCAUUUAGUAACCUGAUGUACUGUAUUGGGUUGUAAUAAAGUGGAUACAAUCA